CCUCCUGUGCUCCCCAGCUCCCAGCCAGGGCAGCAGGGGUCACUGUGGGCGGGUGUUUGCUGUGUGCACACACACACAGAUCCACAGGAAAGGGGGACAAGCACCCUAAUGCUGUCUGUGACCAACAGAUACUUCUGCUGGCCGAGAGUGCUGGAGGAGCUCGGCUGGAAUAAAGGGUGCGGGAGCCGGCAGAGGCUGCCCCGAGCAGAGGGAGCGGUGGGAAGCCAGGCAGGAGGAAGAAGAGGAGGAGGAGGAGGAGGAUGUCGGCGCUCAGCGCGUUGCCCUUCCUGAAGCCGGUGCACCUGCGCUCGCCCCGCAGCUCGCCCGGGGGCCAGCGCCGGCACACGCUGCCCGCCAGCGAGUUCCGCUGCCUCAGCCCCGAGGACGCCGUCAGCGUGUUCGAGAUCGAGCGCGAAGCCUUUAUAUCUGUUUCUGGGGACUGUCCCCUGCACCUGGAUGAGAUCCGCCACUUCCUGAACCUGUGCCCGGAGCUGUCCCUCGGCUGGUUUGAGGAAGGGCGGCUCGUGGCAUUCAUCAUCGGCUCCCUCUGGGACCAGGAGAGGCUCAGCCAGGCAGCGCUGACCCUGCACAAGCCGCAGGGCUCGGCCGUGCACAUCCACGUGCUGGCCGUGCACCGCACCGUGCGCCAGCAGGGCAAGGGCUCCAUCCUGAUGUGGCGCUACCUGCAGCACCUGCGCUGCCUGCCCUUCGCCCGCCGCGCCCUGCUCAUGUGCCAGCACUUCCUCGUGCCCUUCUACCAGAAGUGCGGCUUCCAGGCGCUGGGGCCGUGCCAGGUGAGCGUGGGGGAGCUGGCCUUCGUGGAGAUGCAGCACGCCGUGCGGGGACACGCCUUCAUGCGCAGGAACAGCGGCUGCUGAGGGCCCUCGGCUCCGGCCUGCCCGGGGGAUGAGAGGCUGCAGCCCCUCUGCAGCCCCUCUGCUGUGAUCCACCUUCCCCGGCUGGCCCUGGCCACAGCUACUCCCUCUGCCACAUCAACCCGGCCCCAUCCCAUCCCUGCAGGGCUGGGCACAGAAAUUCCUGCUGGGAACACAAAAUCCCUGGGCUCUGCUUUAGCCAGGGCUGUGCUGGCAGGUCUGGGUGGGCUGCAGGGCCAUGAGCCCCCUGGGAUGGAAAGGCUUUGCCCUGGGAAUGGCUGGGGGCUCUGCUGGUUUGUGGGCACUGCAGUUUGCUGAGAUACACUGCAAACACGUGCCCCAGCCUGGCACCCUCCCACCAUCACCACCGCGAGUGGAGCACACCACGGCCAAGCCCUCCCUGAGCAGCCCCCAGAGCAGGCAGGGGCCCUGGCAGCCACCCCCUGCCCGCAGACAUCCUUCCAGACCCCUUGGAGCACAUUCCCAGCCCACAGCCAUCCUCAGCAGCACACUGCAGAGCCUCCCCAGGGAACCAGUCCAAACCAUUUGGUCCUCCUUGUCACAGAAUCACAACCAGUUCAGGACAAGCCUUCUGCAAACAACUCAGGUUGUUGGAAAGCAACCAAUAAAGAUGUGGUAAUUUUCU